CCAAAAGGACCUUUUUUUAUUUAAAAUGAAAAUUCGAUAUCUCUUGCAUUAAUUUAUUGUGCAUUAAGAACAAAAACAUUAAUUAGUGUGCAUUAAUUCUCAUUAAUAUCCUACCAUAAGAACAGAAAUACAGAAUCCUUGGCAUCUCUUUCUUUUUUGAGUAGAUCAUACUACUGCAUUCUGUAGCAUUGACGGCAAGAGCAUGAGAAGGAAGAGGGCGGCGGCGCCCCUUUCUGCCACGGGGUCGUCGCCGGAGGCGAGCGCAAUGCGGCGCCUCCGCCUCCGCCUCCCUUUUCUCCUCCUCCUCCCCGUGACCGCCGCCAUCCUCAUCCUCCUCUCCCGGCGCGUGACCCCGCCGCAGCCGCCGCUCCCCUGCGGCGCCGCGCUCUCCGACGCCACCGCCGGCCGCUGGGUGCCCACCCCGCGCCCCGCGCCGCCGCCGCUCUACUCCGCGUCCUGCCCGUUCCACCGCAACUCCUACAACUGCCUCCGCAACGGCCGGCCGCCGCUCGCGGCGCUGUCCUGGGCGCCCACGCGCUGCGGCGGCGCCGUCGUCCCGAGGAUCGACGCCGCGGGCUUCCUCGCCGCGGCCAGGGGGCGCCGCGUGGGGCUCGUGGGGGACUCGCUAUCCGAGAACCUCGCCGUCGCGCUGCUGUGCGCGCUCCGCUCCGCCGACCCCGGCGCGCGCAAGUGGAAGCGGCGGGGCGCGUGGCGCGGCGGCUACUUCCCCAGGGAGGACGUCACCGUCGCGUUCCACCGCGCCGUGCUACUCGCCAAGUACACGUGGCAGCCCGUGGAGAAUCCUGAAGAAGUUCAGAAGGAUGGAAUAAAAGGAAUCUACAGAGUGGACGUCGACAUUCCUGCUGAUGAGUGGAUAAAUGUCACCAAUUUCUAUGACGUGCUAAUUAUCAACACUGGACACUGGUGGGGAACAUACAAAUUCCCCAAGGAGACACCCCUCGUUUUCUACAGAGGAGGAGAGCCGAUCGAGCCUCCGCUCAGCAUACCCGACGGCCUCAAGGUAGUGAUCAAGAGCAUGGCCUCUUACAUCGACAGGGAGAUGCCAAGCAAAACCCUGAAGCUGUGGCGCACGCAGUCGCCCAGGCACUUCCACGGAGGCGAGUGGGAUCGCAACGGCAGCUGCGUCACCGACAGGCUCCUCGAAGAAGACGAGCUGGAGUCCUGGUUCGAUCCGCGGUUCGGGGGAGUGAACAAGGACGCGAGGACGGUGAAUCUGGCGAUCCAGGAAGCCCUGGCCGGAUCGGAGUUCCGGCUGGUGAACCUGACGUACAUGAGCGAGUUCAGAGCCGACGCCCAUCCGGCGACCUGGCUGGGGAAGAAGGACGCGGUGGCCGUGUACGGGCAGGACUGCAUGCACUGGUGUGUGCCCGGCGUGCCGGACACCUGGGUCGACAUCUUGGCCGCACAAAUCUUGCAUUACUUCGGGAAAGGCUGAUCAACUUGCUGACAGUUUUCUAGAUGGAGGAAAGGAAGGAAGCUCUAUCUGUUUCAAUAUGAAAUAAUAAUGCUUCUCUCUCUAAAAAAAAUGCUUAAUCAAGCAGGCAGUAGGAGUAGCCAUCACACACCGAUCGUUUUUUUUUUUUGACUUCACACAACUAUAGUUAAAAGAAUCGAAACAAGUUGGGUUUUAGCCUUUUCAGGUCAAAAAGAAAGAAAUAAAGAGGAAAGGGAAAAGUUGCUAAAACUCGGCUUGCACAACACAGUACACAGGACUGCAUUUCAACUAAAAACUUCAAAUUUUGCUGCUAUUUCCAGUUUUCCACUAAUCUAAGUUGAAGGGAAAAUAGCAGCAACCUA